UCUUGCAUUCUUGUGGACAGUAGACCAGAAUACCCGGACAGCGAAUCGGAAGCCCCGGAAGUGUACUCCUCAAUUCGGCCUUCAUUUCUUCUCCGAAAUUUGUGCUUCCGACUUUUUCCGCGGACUGGUAAAGUGGGUCGGUUUCAUUUUCUCACCUAGCAAAACAAUGGCGCAAACUCUGUCGUUAAGCUCUCUGACGGGCACAGCCUCCCAAAACGGCGGCAUUUCUUGGCCAGCUCCUUCACGGAGGAGCAAAACCCAGAACCAGAUAGUUGAAGGGCGGUACAUUUGGAAUUGUUCUGUGCAAAUCCCAAGUGUAAACUUGAAGGGCAAUCCCAAUUUGCUGAGACGAAGAGACACAAGGGUUGGAGCUGGGUGGCUCUUUAAAGGCCUCGGCGGCGGCGGCGGCGAUCAGAGUUUGGAUGCGAGCUCUGAGCAAAGUGAGACUGCUAAUGAGGAUAUCUUGAUGUUCUUCUUCCAGUUGGACCUCGCAACUCGUGUACAGUAUGCUCUGAACACGGAACAGUAUGACGAUGCACAACAGCUGAGAAACAAGCUCACCGAGGUUGAAGCAGAGGUCAUUAGACGACAGGAAGAAAAGAGGGGAUCAUCUUCGAAGAACGAAGCUCAAGAUACGGCAAUAAGUGCAAUUCGUCUACGUGCGGAGCUGCAGAAUGCAAUUGAGAAUGAGAACUAUGCAUUGGCAGCCAAGCUACGAGAUGAAGUUUCCAAUCUGGAGGCAGAGUCCCUUGCCGCAUCGGCUAAAGCUCUGGCACGUGAAAACUCAGAAUAUGCAUUUCGUUUGGGACAGAAAGUGAGGCAUAAAAUUUUUGGCUAUGGAGCUGUGGUUUGUGGAAUGGAUCCAAUGUGUUGCGAAUCAAGUUCAUGGAUGGAAACUGCAAAGGUUGAUAAGUUGCUUCGGGGUCCUAAUCAGCCAUUUUAUCAGGUUUUAGUUAAUGUUCAUGAGGACCCAAAUCUUCUGGUGGCGUAUGUUGCUGAGGAGAAUUUGUUAACCCCCAAUUCGCCAGACAUGGGUCGAUUUGAUCAUCCUUAUGUCAACUUUUUAUUCUACGGGAUGGACGCAGCUGGGGAUUUUAUCCCAAUCAAGCAGCUUCGAGAAAAGUUCAAUAGGCCCCGCCAUGAAAUUCCCAUUGAUCCAGAUGACGAUGAGGGAAACGGUGGCGAUGCUUGAGAGACCACUCUGCACAGCCUUAGGAUGUGAUCAUGUAAGAGAGCACAAAUUCCUCUUACAAGGAAAAAAAAGGCAUUUGGAACCUUGUACAACUUUCUAUCUAAUGUAAGUUAGGUAAAUGUAACGACUCUGGCGAUCUGUGUGUUCUGCGGGAACUUCCUCUUUCUCCAGAAGUUGUCUCCGGUGUACAUCCGAUAAGCCAGAAAACAUUCUUAGAUGAUGGUGAUUCGGAUAGAGAGAUGAUUUUUCUGUUGUUGCUUCUAUUGCACGGCUUCUUUGGUGAAUUUUCAAGAUGACUCUUCGGUACGAAUGUAGAUAGAGGAUUAAACAUGAAGGAGGAAUGUUGCAAUCAAGCAAGAGUAUUAAAUGACAAUGUUUGUAGCUAACUCAUCAGAAGCCUUAGUUAGCAGCAAUUGCCAAUUAGUUGUUUUGGCAAUUGGGGUUGAACUGCUUUUCAAACUAGUCUAUCUCGAUUAGUUAUGGUGUUUUCAUUACAUUUUCAUACUUAAAAAAGUUGAAAUCUUGUCCUUGUAAUCCAUGCACGUUCUCUAUAAUGUCAUGGGGGUAUGUAAUUUUGAAGGAAACAAUAUAAUAGAAU